AUGUUGCAUCAUGUCAUCAGAGAAGAAGGUAGAGGGUGGCAUUUGCAAAUUCCUUAUGUAUUGUGGGCCUAUAGAGAAGUACCCAACUCAACAACUGGGGUGGCUCCAUUUCAACUCAUGUACGGCAGGACACCUCAGGGACCUCUGUCGAUAUUAAAAUCAUCAUGGACAGGGAAACAUGAAAAUUUACAAUUAGAUGCAACUCCUGUUUAUACAUAUUUACAAAAUCUAAAGGCUAGGUUUGAGAAGGCAGCGGAGCAGGCAAAGCUCACAGCUAAAAUUCAACAAGAGAGGACAGCACACUAUCAUAAUUUAAGGUCUACCAUAAAAAACAUUUAA